GGGCUGUCCUGAGCUGCGCGCGGGGUCCGCGCAAGUCCGCCUUCGGUCCGGUCCCUCGCUGUCGAGUAAGCUCCCGGCCUGGGCUCUCGAGUCUCGCCCCGCGUUCCCGGAGACUGGGACUGGGGACGAGUGGCCCCGGCCGCGGAGCGCGCAGUCUCCCGGCCGGCCGUCGCCGUGUAUCCAGAGACCGUUUGGGUUGAGUCCUUGCCGCCGGCGACCACUCUGUGCCUGCCGGAGUCGGAAGGUCGUGUGCUUUCUUCCCCAGCCGCCGCGGAGGACUCGGCUGCGGUCCCCGAGAGAAUCAGUUCAGUUGGACUCCACAAACUAACCCGUGGGUUUUCAGUGAAUACAGCAUGAUGUGGUUCAAAUCCUAUAGAAUAACUUUUGCCUGCUUGAGUAGAAUGAAAAUUUACAGGUACCCUUGGACGAGACUGUACGGUACUUCUCAAACCACUGUAGACAGCAGUGAGAUAAAAACAUUCGUGGCCCUGGCUCAUAGGUGGUGGGAUGAACAAGGAGUGUACGCACCUCUUCAUUCUAUGAAUGACCUGAGGGUGCCAUUCAUUAGAGACAAUCUUUUAAAAACAGUUGCUCAUCACCAGCCCGGAAAACCUUUGUCUGGGAUGAAGAUUCUUGAUGUUGGCUGUGGUGGUGGAUUGUUAACUGAACCUCUAGGGCGGCUUGGAGCUUCAGUUAUUGGAAUCGAUCCUGUGGAUGAGAACAUUAAAACAGCACAGCACCAUAAAUCAUUUGAUCCAGUCCUAGAAAAGAGGAUAGAGUACAGAGCGUGUUCCCUGGAAGAGAUUGUGGAAGAGACUGCUGAAACAUUUGAUGCUGUUGUAGCUUCUGAAGUUAUAGAACAUGUGAUUGAUCUAGAAACAUUUAUACAAUGCUGCUAUCAAGUGUUAAAAUUUGGUGGUUCUUUAUUCAUUACUACAAUCAACAAAACACAGCUGUCUUAUGCCUUGGGAAUUGUCUUUUCAGAGCAAAUUGCAGGUAUUGUACCAAAAGGUACUCAUACAUGGGAGAAGUUCGUUUCACCCGAAAAGCUAGAGAGCAUUCUGGAAUCAAACGGUCUGUCAGUUCACACUGUGGCAGGAAUGCUCUACAACCCCUUCUCAGGUUACUGGCACUGGAGUGAAAAUACAAGCCUGAACUAUGCAGCUCAUGCUGUGAAAUCCAUGAGACAGGAGCCCCCGGUGCCUGCUGGGUUUGUUUUCACGGGGAAAACAGAGGAGCUCCAUGAUAAAGACUCCAUCAAACCCGGUGUGCAGGAAGAGCUGAAGAAAUGAAUGGCUUCGAAGGACUGUGUAUAAUAUGGCUUGAAAGUCUUAUGUUUACAUAUGUGAAAAUACACACUUUGUCUUUUGUGAGUGGAUUGUGAAGAAAAGAAAGUCAACAAAGAGGGCUAAAACCUUGGAUAAAAGUUUUGAUUGUUUCCUCUAAUGGCCGCUUUCAAAGGAUGAUUCUGUAGUUAAAAACUUUUGGCAAGGUAUUGUGUAAUGUAGGCAUUUAAAUUCCUCAGCCUUUGUUUUAUAAAUAGGGUAUAUACACUUGACUUAACUUGACGGAUUAUAUACAUUCAUCCAGCGUGUGUGCACAUAGGUAUAUGUUGAAAUGGGUUUUCAUUUAGAGGAAUCUGCAUUAUCUAUGUUCUUUAUCGGGUUUUAGCUAAAGGCAGUUAUGCUUCUGACAUAUGAAAACCAAAUACAGUUUUAUUCCACUUAUAUAUGGGAGGAUAAAACACAUUUUUUCCUUUAAAUUUUAGUUUGUUGGAAAGCAAAUGGAUUGUUAAAUAUAUACUGCAUUUGGAUUCAGACAUUAAAAUCAAGAAGUCCGGAUAAUGUCUGGCAUACUUCUAUACAGUUCCAUAAAUGUUUUAUUGUGACUUUUUUUUUUUUUUAAGUAGAAAGGACUUUCUUAAACUCAAUUAAAAAUUCAGUUAUGGAAAUUUC